AUGCCUAUGCUCAUCGACGUUGCCGAGCUUUCUGGCCUUGCAGCUGAAGGCGCCUUGUAUGGUCUAUUCCUCUGUCUGUUCUGCCUGUGUGGUUACGACCUCGUCCGCCGCCGCACACGGUAUGGAUCGCAGCUAAACUGGCCGAUGGUCACUGCGGGCGUCCUGCUAAUCGUUCUCGCUACUGCGCGUUUCAUUGUCGAUGUUGCGAACGUCUUCGUCGCGUUCAUUCGCCACGAUCCUCGCUCGGCGCGCCUGGCAUACCUCGAGGACGUCACUCAGCCAUUGUUCGCGGCCAAGCACAUCAUCUUCAUCACGUCCUUAUUCGUAGGCGACUCUUUCGUGAAUUACCGCUGCUGGGUGGUUUGGGGCAAGAAUAUCUGGGUUGUACUUCUGCCUAUCGGUCUUUCAUGUGUAAGCACAGUGGCAGGAUACUACACGAUGUGGGCAUACGGCAACCUUCCCGACCAAACUAUACUUUCAGAAGCGAAGUGGUUGAAAGCAUUCUUUGCUCUCAGCUUGGUAGCAAACGCCCUCGCGACCUCGAUGCUCGCGUUCCGUAUCUGGUAUGUCGACCGCCAGAGGGCCCGCCAGAGGGGGCCUAUCGCGGUAGAUGCUUAUUGGGCAAGCCUCACGCCCAUCAUCCGCAUAAUCCUCGAGAGCGGUGCCAUCAACGCCGCCACCCUGUUUGCCUUCGUUAUGACACUCAGCUUUGGCUCGCAAGGUCUUGAGGUGAUAUCGGAGAUGGCUACCCCCUUGGUCGGAAUCAUCUUCUCCAUCGUCAUUCUCCGCGUCGGGCAUCGUCGUCACGACGACAACUACUACUACAAUUCUCAACAAGGAGCUCGAGCGUCAAUGUGGGCGACAGCUCGCACGUCUGACAAGAGGCUCCCAGGUCUACCUAGAGCUGCGGGGACGACCGCCGCUGUUGCAGAUCCUAACUUCGAAAUUUACGUGAACAAGAGUACGACAUCGAAGAUUGGUGAAGCAGAUGUACAUGUACAUGAACUGCACUCGUUCAGCGUUGUAUGA